AUGGCUUUACGCUUCCGCAGCGUCCUCCCAUAUGCCAUCCCUGGAGUGCUGGCGCUUCUCGGCUACUGGUGGAUCUAUUCCCGUAGAAAAAAACAUGCCAGCUCUCCCAGCAAACCAGUGACAGCCAUCAAAGAAGAGCAGCAGGAAGAAGUGCAAGAGAAAGAUUCAUCACCCAAAGCAGCAGCAUGUGUUCCUCGAAGACGGCCUCUCUCCUCGGAAGAGGGAUGCCCAGAAAACAAACCCUCGACCUCCCUGCUCUCAGCGGGGUUGAUGACGCCCUCUCUUCUGUGUCACACUCACGAGAGGCCAGAUCUCCCACAGGACCUUCCAGGCCUGUCAGUAACUACAGUUCAGCCCAGCACCCUUGAGGACGACAGUGAAAAACUAGAAACGAUAGGAUCUCGAGAUGAAAGCAGAGUUGCUGCUGGUGUUUCUCCCCUCCUGAUCUCCAAGAGCGGGCAGUGUCGCGACGGUGCUGCCAUCAGCCUGGCACGGGAUUCAGGCCCUUGUGCAAACCAACACCAGUGGCCAACAGCAUCAGUGACACUGACACAGGAGUCUUUGGGAAUCACGGAGAAGAUCAGCAAUGCAGAGCAGUCAGAUGAGUCUUCAUUUAAGCCCCCUAAGGAAAGCCAGGUGCCAGAAAUUGUGCUGUCAGAUACUGGCUCUGUGACAGCCCCUCGCUUGGGAUUAGAGAAGGAAGCCAAUACCCCACAAGCCUUUCUCAGUAAUGAAGUUGAAGUUGUAUCAAGUCACAAGGAUUCUGCAGUGAACAUGUUACCAGAUAGUUUGGGGUCUGCCUGUUUGGAGCAGUCCAGGAAAGAAGAGAUGUCUGAAUCAACUGCCAGAACUGUACCUGUGUGUCAGAAGAAGGACACACAGCCAAAAGGACAUGAAUUGGAAAGAGACAAGGUGGGAGGAGUAAGUUUGGACAAAGAAGAAGUUGAGAAAAUUGAGCAAGUAGCAAUACAGAUAAUUUCCAAGGUUAUUUUGGCAGCAACUGAGGAAGUGCUGUCUGGUUCUACAAGUGAUGUGCCCACUUGGAUCUGCCAGACUGCUGCUAGCCAAGCUGAGAGACCUCUGGAGAUAGCAAACCAUGUUUCCUCUGAUCAGAUGCUUGUGGAGGAUGCUCCAGCAGCUGAUCAGAAUGUUGCUGUGAAGAGUGAUGCUGCAGUACCAACAUCCUUGCAGACAGAGGAGCAGGAUCAGAGUGUGACAGACUCCAGCUGUCUCACACAUGGCUGCUUCUCCUGCCCUGUUCAGGGGGACACAAAAGACUGUCAGAUGAAGAGCUGUGCGUGCAGUGGGGAAGUGCUGUCUGGUUCUGCAAGUGACAUGUCCACUCAGAUCUGCCAGGCUGCUGCCAGCCAAGCUGAGAGGCCUCUGAAGGCAGCAAGUGUUGUUACCUCUGAUCAGGUGCUUGUGGAGGAAGCUGCAGGAACAGAGGAGGACAUUGCUGUGAAGAGUGAUGCUGCAAGAAUGAUAUCCCUGCAGACAGAGGAGCAGGAUCAGAGUGUGACAGGCUCCAGCUGUUCCUCACACGGCUGCUUCUCCUGCCCUGUUCAGAGAGAUGCAAAAGACUGUCGGAGGAAGAGCCGUGUGUGCAGUGGGUCCCGAGGAGUUGAUCAGACUCCUGUGGAAAACCAUAGAGGGCCACUGGAGAAGUCAGCUUUGGUUAUGGAGGACUCUGGGUGCAGCACAUAUGUAUCUGAAGGUGGGUCAAGGGUGGAGGACCCACUGCAGAACACAACGCUGUCUGUCACGUCAGGCCAGCAUUUGGACUCACUGAGCUUAUCUACAAGCCAAGACACAUCUGCUGAGCAGAGCUCAGAACCAAGUGAAGAACCUGUUCUGAAGCUACCUGAAGGCAGCCAAGUGCCAUACAGUAAUGGGACACUGGAAGAGGAUGGUCCAGACUUGCAUCAUGAAUGUAGCAGGGCACCAGAAAUGGAUGGAGACCACUCGGGAGGUUCAGAUAUAAAUAGCGUGGAUUUUGUGGACAGUGGCUGUGCCAUGAGGAAGACAGUGACUCGGCGGAACUCUAAGCUAGGAGGAGAACCCAGCAAGUCCGACUUCGUUAUCUGGGAAAUAGAGGUCCCCAAGGAGCUAGUUGGCCGCUUGAUUGGCAAACAAGGAAGAUUUAUGAGCUUCUUGAGGCAAGCGUCUGGUGCCAAAAUCUAUGUUGCAACACUGCCUUAUUUCCGUGACUCCCAAGUCUGUCACAUUGAAGGCUCAUCUCAUCAAGUGGAAAAAGUACUGAGCCUCAUUGGCAAGAAGUUCAAAGAGCUGUCUCUCACCAACAUCUAUGCUCUACCUCCACCAACACCGCUGACACUUCAUUCCCUCCUUAUGACUGCCUGGCUGUUCCUCCCAGAUGGAGUCACUGUAGAGGUGGUUGUGGCAAACCAAGUUGAUGCAGGACACAUGUUUCUACAGCAGCACACACAUCCCACUUUCCACGUCUUGCGUAGCCUGGACCAGCAGAUGUAUGCCUGCUAUUCUCAACCUGAAAUUCCAACCCUGCCAACUCCAGUAGAAGUGGGUAUUAUCUGUGCAGCUCCAGGCCUGGAUGGGGCAUGGUUACGGGCUCAAGUUAUUAGCUACUUCGAAGAGACCGGUGAAGUGGAGCUCAGAUAUGUGGACUAUGGAGGAUAUGACAAAGUCAAGGUCGACACACUCAGACAAAUCAGGUCUGACUUUUUAUCACUACCUUUCCAAGGGGCAGAAGUUUUACUAGACAACGUGGUGCCACUUCCAGAUGAGGAUCACUUUUCAGCUGAAGCUGAUGCUGCUGUUAGUGAGAUGACCAGAGGUGCAGUCUUGGUGGCUCAGGUCACAAAUUAUGACAGUGCAACAGGUCUGCCACUGAUACAGCUGUGGAACUUGAUGGGAGAUGAGGUGGUGUCAGUAAACAGAACUCUGGUGGAAAGAGGUUUUGCUCAGUGGCUUGACUACUAGCAAUGUCCUAGAUGCCUCGACAACUCUUUC